AUGGCGGACCAAGCUGAUACUUCCUCGGCUCACAGUCAGCAGUUGCAGAUCAAGAAGCUGCAUGCUGACAUGGUCCGACGCCUAAGUGAAAUAUUCAGGCCGAAUCUGAACACCUGGCAGAGUAUUUUGGUGGAACUAGAGGUCAUUAUGGAUCCGGUAGAUUUACUUGGGGAUGACAUUAACCAUUUUGGGCAAAUAUGUCGGAGUCUGCUGUGUAAGGGAACUAUUGAUUAUGGCUCUUAUGAUAAACUCCGUUGUGCAGUCGGGAAUGUUGAUGCCCAGGCAGCUAAAAUUGUGGAGGAAACUUCUGUCAAGAUAAAAGCGCUACAGCCUGAAGGACUAUCGGAAGCCAAUCGACGCAAGACUGGAGAAGGAGACCAGACAAAAGAUAGGGAUCCUAAGCUAACAGCUAUGAUAGAAACAACCACAGCCAUGAUAUUGAAAGAAAAAGACGAAUACAAGUUCUUUUCUACCAAAAGUCUCAAGGAUGCCUACGAUAAACUAAUGAAGAACAGCUUGGUGAUAAUUAAGGGAAAUUCUGGAGACGGGAAGACAUCCAUUGCACUUGAACUUCUCCGUCGGCUGUGCUAUAAUGAGGAGAGGCAACAAUGUCGACAGCCACUAGAACUGCAUGAUAUCAAAGACUUGGAUAAGGUGACCCCAAAGUCACAAUUAGUUAUUUAUUUAGAUGAUAUCUUUGGAAAGAAUGUUGUGUGUAAAAAAGAUGUAGAAGAAUGGGAGAAAAGAGAAAAAUCUAUUAUUUCAAAACUUUGUGGAAAUGAGCACACAGACGGCAAUUUUCUGAUUGUUGCAAUUCGCAGUGGAAUUUCAAAUUAUUUAAAUGCUUCUUGCUUAGAAAAAAUAUUCACUAAACAAAACAUUGUUGACCUUAACAUUGAUGCAGAAGAAAAACUUAAAUUGUUAAGGUUAUACAAACCAAAAGUUAGUUUUGACUCGUGGAAAGAUGAUGAAGAGAAGGAAAUUGUCAAGUGUGCUCCUGACAUUGGGUUUCCACAAUGCUGUAGGUUGUUCAGAGAUUCACCUACUUUGCAAACGGAGAGGGUCAAUUUUUUUAAAAGACCUUUUCAUUUUCUGAAAUCUUCAUUAUCUAAAUUGGAAGACGGAAAAUGUUAUGGUCUGAUGUAUCUUUUCCUUCACGGAGGCAAAGUCAUGGAAGAUAAUUUAGACUCUAACAAUGAAAAUAUUGAUGACGAUUUAUUAGAAGCAGCAUUUGCUAAUGAUGUAGUAAAAGUUACCACAACAGCUGAGCUUGUUGUUCACAGUAAGUCUAAGGGGAGGAAAAUAGAAUUUGUGAAGGAUUCGUUAGAUUGUCUGUUGGGUUGGAUGGUGAAAAAAGAGUCUAACCAAAAACAAAAAGUUUGUUACAAAUUCAACCAUGACUCAAUUGAGGAAACUCUGGCUCUUUUGUAUGGAGAAAAAACUCGCAUUGGCUACAUACAGAAUUGUCCCAGCAAGUUUCUCAGUUAUGUAACUACCUCAAAAACCACUCCAAACAAAGUAGUUAUAUCAUCUGAUAAUCAGUACAUGUAUAAACGUUUAGUCAGAGAGUUUGAAUCUGUCUAUUCUAGUAACUCUGACCCAGAACGUGACAGGUUUUAUAGUAAAUAUCAUUCUAUAACUUCAUUAGAUGUUUGGACAGAUGAUCAGUUUCUGCAGGGAUUUACCAGAUGGCUUAGUGGUCAGAAUGUUGACAAAAACUUGUGCCAUGUGAUAAAGUUUGCCUUGUUGAAUGGAGCAUGCUUUUCUGGUUCAGAAGAAUGUGUUUUAUUCCUCCUGUCAGAGGGUGUGAAACCUGACAAGGAGACAUUGCUUUGUGUGGUAGAAGGAGGGAGCGUUAAUAUAUUAUACAAAGUGGAAAGAAUUAUACUUAAAUCCUUGUAUAGAGUUGAGGACGAACAACAUAAGUAUAAGACAGUAGAAGGUCGUGUGGUGCACAGGAAUUGUGUGUGUGCUCAGUACAUGUGUCAGUUAGUGGAUGAGAACAAGAUAACAGUGUUACAUGUGAGUUGUAUGAGGGGACACAUGGAGGUUUGUAAAUAUCUGUGUGAGUCGUACCCAGCACUAACUACAGCUGUAACUAAGUACGGGUUAACAGUGUUACAUCAUAGUUGUGGGUGGGGACACAUGGAGGUUUGUAAAUAUCUGUCCGAGUCGUACCAAGCACUAACUACAGCUGUAGAUAAGUACGGGUUAACAGUGUUACAUUAUAGUUGUGUGAGGAGACACAUGGAGGUUUGCAAAUAUCUGUGUGAAUCGUACCCAGCACUAACUACAGCUGUAACUAAUGACGGGAGAACAGUGUUACAUUAUAGUUGUAGGGAGGGACACAUGGAGGUUUGUAAAUAUCUGUGUGAGUCGUACCCAGCACUAACUACAGAUGUAGAUAAUAAUGGGGAAACAGUGUUACAUUAUAGUUGUAGGGAGGGACACAUGGAUGUUUGUGAAUAUCUGUGUGAGUCGUACCCAGCACUAACUACAGCUGUAGAUAAUAACGGGGGAACAGUGUUACAGUAUAGUUGUAGGGAGGGAGACAUGGAGGUUUGUAAAUAUCUGUGUGAGUCGUACCCAGCACUAACUAGAGCUGUAGGUAAUGACGGGAGAACAGUGUUACAUUAUAGUUGUGGGUUUGGACACAUGGAUGUUUGUAAAUAUCUGUGUGAUUCGUACCCAAGACUAACUACAGCUGUAGAUAAUAAUGGGGAAACAGUGUUACAUUAUGGUUGUAGGGAGGGACACAUGGAGUACCUAGAAUCACCAGGAUGUAAGUAUGACAUCACAACCAUACUAACCAAUCAGAGAGAAUCUGUUUUAGACUACGCAAAGAAACGGGGGACAGAAAACAACUCUUUGUAUGAAUAUCUUGUCCAAUUGUUUGGUCAACAAAAACACUAA